CAGCUGACGCGACAUGCGUUCGAGACGUCAUUCCCUCUCACCUGCACUCCCAUGAACAUGGACUCCCGUGUAGGACUUCGAAUCUAUCAAGAGUAAGCACACAUCGCGUGGAAAGGACGUUAUUUAUGGAAUUGGGAUCAGAAUGCAUUUCGGUGUGCAGCGUGCAUUCCGUGCGCUGGUGCCUGAACCCCAGGAUCGUAUUCCGCUCACAUUGGCAAACACACCGAUCGUUCUGGCUUGCUACCUGCCAUUCGUUUUUCUCGCCUAUCUCACACGAAGACCCGGGACAUAUCUUAUACGACUUCUCGUAUUGCCAACUGUAUUGGUGGCUCUAAUAACAACAGGGUGGAGGUUUCGGUGGGAGGUACCAGGUGUGUAAGUGCUCGUUUCGUCUCAAUCAACUCAGAUACGACGACUAGGCUGAACAGAGCUGAACGUUUAUAACUGGGGAAUGGCGCUUCUAGCAGAGGCACUAAUAGGGAAGGCACUUAUGUUUGCUUUCACGCCGGAGGGGAUGCUCAAGCUUGGGGAAUGUUCCCCAGGACAGCUCAAAGGCAAGGGGAAGGAUGAUUCCGAGGGCCACCUCGCGUCUAAAAAGUCAUCUAUAUUCCCGCUGUGGCUACGCGACGCGACAGAGAUCAUACACACUCUCCGGGGCAUACGCUGGAAGUACGGGAUGGGGACAUACAUUCCUCCACCAACUCGACCGCAAGAGCGGCAAGCUUUCUUACGCGCAACAUCGUUAUCCUUCGUUCGGAACUUUUUGUUGUUGGAUGCACUGGAAACUUGUCUCAAGAUCUUUCCCGGUGUCGGACUUCCAUCCGGGGGGAGCAUAUUUUACCCCCAGCUUCCACCAAUACCACGGUACACAGUGUCUACAACAAUCCACAUGUUGACUGGCUGCGCGCUGCUGGCAGGCUUCGGGAUGUGCUACGAUUUGGCCACUUUCGUGGCGGUAAUGUUCCUUGGUGAUACUCCCUCGUCAUGGCCCCCGGUUUUAUACAACCCAUGGGGAUCCGAUUCCCUUCACUCUCUCUGGGCCAAACAUUGGCACCAACUGCUCCGACAAACCUUCUUAAUUUUCGGAGGAUACCCGGGCCGAUGGCUGGCUGGGGACGUGGGUCUCGUCCUUGGGACCUUCCUCGCUUCUGGUCUGUAUCACGAGCUGGCCAUCUACACAAUGGGACGAGGACUCGACCACACUGUCACAUUCUUUUUCGCUAUUCAAGGACCUUUGUUGAUUCUAGAACGAGUGUGGAGACGAGUUACCGGGAGAAGAGUCGGUGGCCUGCCAGGGAGAUUGUGGGUUUAUUCGAUCAUGUUCCUCGGUGGGCAAUGCAUGGUCGACUCGUGGCAUCGCCGUGGCUUGGCUGGCUGUUUAGUCAUUCCGCCAGUGAUCAGUCCAGUCCGGCUCGCGUUGCUUGCGAUGGGGUUUGGCCGUCGACGCUGAUAUUUUAGUAUAAUGUACAGGCCAGAUAGUCUACAGAUACCUUGCAAAUCUAAUCAUGUUGUAUCAUCUCCGACCCCGGG